AAAGGGAAACGAAGAGUUCUAGAUUCACAGCCAGCUGAUUUAUUGCAUCAAAAUGCCAAGUCCCGAGAAAAUUUCAAGCCCAGUGUAAUGGUGACAACCCUUCAAAAAUGAUUGCGGCACGGUGUGAAAAAUCUUCACGGAGGAAACAGCUGAAAAACGGUUAACGAAAAUAUCAAUCGUGCAUAUAACAUACUGAAAAAUAUUUAUUUUUUAACAAGAAGAAAAGGAAUAUGUUUUGCAAUACAGAAUGCCCAGAAUAUCAAACUCCUUGUGUGAAACAUAUCUGUCAAUUGCAACCACCGCUUCCAUACCUAUUGUACAUAAUGAACAUAAUUGGACUUAUAAUAUAUUUUAUCCCAAACAAGGGAAAGUCAAAAUACUCGAGCGGUCCUGAAGAAUCUCACAUUAAAACUAGGGUCAACGAGGAUAUCGUGUACGACAGAGGUAAACAUCAAAAAAGGUCGGUCGGCAAGCUGGAAAUGGAUGAAUGCGAAGAGGAAAUGGAUGAGCCUUCGAUGGUCAAAACGAAAAAUAAAGAUUUCACAAAAUACAAACUUGGGAUGUCCGAAAAGGUUAAUUCGUAUUACAAGUACGACGAAGAGAAAAGCGAUGGAUGCUCGAGUGUUUCUUACGAAAAGAAAAGCGACGAAGGUUCGAUUAUUUCUUACGAAAAGAAAAGCGACGAAUGUUCGAGUUAUUCAUACGAAAAGAAAAGCUCCGACAGCUCCAGCUUUUCUUACGAGAAGACAGGUAUAGAAUGCGACGAGUCGUACAUAAGGGAGAAAUCGUAUUAUGCGAGCGAUGAUUUCAGAAUCCAGCAAACGGACGAGUGUACCGAAUCUCCAAGAAAACAGCAAUUUUCCUAUUCGUACGGUGAAGAACGGAAGCGGAAACGUUUGGUGAAGGAUAAGAAUAAAGGCCGGAGUGAACUUAGGAAAGAAAACUGCAAUAAAAGGCCAGAAAUGAAAAUAUACAUAGAAACCGGUUCAAAUGAAUAUCCUCCUGCUUUCGGCGAUGAAAAUAAAAUAAGUCGGUCCAGCCGACCCGAACCGAAAGUCACUAUCAUCAAAUCGCCUUCGGUCGUCCUACAGGAAUCGAUCAAUAUUCCCAACGAAAAGGUCGAAAGCCGAAAAAACUCAGCUCGGUCGAAGGCGUCGAUAGUCACACACUUUAGUGCACAGAUGAACGAGCUCGACGAGCAGAUAAAAGGGAAAAUGGAAAAACUGAAUUCCUACUCUCCUCAAGGCGAAGAAGAAAGACUUACUUCUAUCGGAAGAACAGGUAAACUGAACUCCCAUAUUUCUCUACAUGAUGAAGUUGUAAAAAUUCCUUCUAAAUGUAUAAUAAGUCAACUUAAGCCUCCCUUUCCUUCUGAAGAUCAGGACAGUGAUGGUGUUUUAGAAAAAGGCCCAUCUUUUGUAACGACAAAAAAGAUUACGAUACAAUCGGAAAACUCACAGACGAGAUAUUCGCGUACCUUCUCACCGGAAAACUCACAGACGAGAUAUUCGCGUACCUUCUCACCGGAAAACUCACCGACGAGAUAUUCGCGUACCAUCUCACCGGAAAAAGAUAUCAGCACUGAGGAACUAGGCAAUCAGAGAGAAAAAACGAUCAGUUCUGAAGACGGGAAUAAACGAUCCGUCAAAUCCGUGAAUAUCCAAAUCUUGGAAGAGGUACAUCAAAGACCGAGUGACAGACCACAGACUAAGUUUCACCCUUCAGUAAUUUCACCGACUGAAAGUCCGACAAAAUUAAGCUUUGAAAGGCCGUCUGCUACUAAAAAAUUAAGUCAGAAAAGUAGCAAGACGUCUGUGAGCGUCAACUCGAUGAUUUUAGUCGACUCGCUGGAAGCGUUGGCUCUGACGAAGCUGAUAACGAACGAACUGAACCACGCCAUUAAAAAAGAAGAUACGGACAAACUGAGCUACUGCCAAAAACCAUCUAAAGACAGCGUGGUCCAAAGGAGUGAAGUGGAAUUGUUGGUAAUGCCGAGAGAAUUGUUGAAGUUGCGGAAAAAGAUAGAAACAAAAUUGAACGCCAUCAUUAGAGAAGGAGGGCCCAAAUGCGCCUACAUCAAAGAGCUCAAAAAGUUCUUUCCUUACAGCUCUGAUAACAAAGCGAUAUUCCCGUGUAAUAUCAAUUACGGACGUUCGAAUAAAAUUCUCUGCCAAAGAUUGUUUCAUAGAUUAUUGCGAAAACUCAGAAAAAAAUAUGACGAGGUACAGAAGAGUAAUUUUUUGUCAAAAAUAAAUGCGCAUGUUGGUGGGUUUGUCUUCGUUAAGAGAAACGACAAAAACGACCAAUUCCAAAACAUUGCUCGACAAUCGAAUGCGCUGGAAAAUCAAUCGAAAGUUGAAAAGAAACGAGAAGAUCUGUUUGUAAAGAAAUCCAACGAAGGAAGGAGAGGUAAUGCUUAUUAUCAAAACUACUUCGAACGACAACGUUAUAAACAACACCUAUGCCCGGAAGUCGUAAAUAAGGGAGAAUCCGGAAGAAGAGAGGAUUCGGAGGCCAAAGCCGUUUCAGACGGAAAAAAUAAACCAACUACAUCGUUUAAUAUUAAAAAAGAGUUGACGCAAAAGGGUCUGAAGUCGAGUCUUGUAGAAGAACAGACUCUUCAGUGCGACGAUGGUUUUUCUGAAAACGAAGAUAACGAUUAUAAAGUUACAUCGGUGAUAAAAAAAUUGUACAACAAUGGCCAUCCGACAUAUCACACCUCUCCGACUGACGACAUGUCUUGUGCCAAACGGGUUUUGAAGUUGAAGGUGAUUGCCGAAGACUUGAAGCGCAUUCACAGCGACUUGGAUGAAAACCUUCAGAAUUUGAGAAAAUUCAUUGGAGAACGGCCGCACGUCAUUGCACAAAACGCGGGCGACUACGUUAAGGAGCUGUGUAAAAAUGGUGUCAACAAAGAACUAAGCCGGAACGUUCUAAAAGACAGGUAUACCCCGCUGUUCUCUUCAAAAAAUCCAAAAUUCGAAGAUGCAUCUACGCCAAAAUCAGCGGCCCUCUCGGAUUUCCGACAAAAUACGCUGAUAAGAAAAGAUUUCCCACAAUAUUCGACUAGUCAAAAUGGCAGAUUGUCAAAAGCUAACCGUUAUUUUGCAAAAACCAAACCGAGGAGUUACAAAUUCAAAGGAAAUCUUCAUAUGAAACACAUAAGGGAUUCAAAACGGAAGACGACUUUAAAAAUGUUGAUAUGGAAACACUUAUUCCAAGAAGUCAUGAGAGAAACUUUCAAAAAUUCAUCAGUAAAAACGCUACUCUCUGUGUUAAAUCAAAACAGAGCGGAAAAACAGAGGUCGGGCAAGAGGAAAAAACGCAAAUCCAUCGUCAAUGAGAAGAGCUCGAUUCCGGCCAAAAGCCCAACUACAAAAACCAUGAAGUCGUCGGACGACGUAAUAAAGCCGGAACCUUUCGCCAAACCGGAAGAAGUCAAGAUCAAACCCUCUACUUCGACUAGUGAAACGUUCAUGAUCGAAGAGAUUGAAAAGUGCAGUAAUAAAUAUUCAGAGAGCUCUCAAAUCAAAACGAGCGAGAGUGCCCAUUCAGUGCUGCCAUAUGAAGGAAAAAACGUCAAGGAAUUGAAUUCAAAUAAAUUAAGCGAACAAGAAUUUAAAGAAGUGUACACACCUUUGGAAACGACGAAAGUAAACUCGUCCGUGUCAAAAUCUACAUCGAUUACCAACUCGUCACAGGACAAAUUAGGAUCCAACAGCCUAGAAGACUGCUCAAACGGAAAAGACACGAAAGACAGCUGGACCAGUGUUGUAAGUCAAGAAGAAAAAAUCGACAGCGACAACAGACAGGAGUUGAAAAGAUCGCUCACCGAAGUUCUGGAUCUAUUGAUACGCCCUUGUCCGGGCCGUACCGGCUCUCAAAAAGAUCUAAGUACUUUCAAUUCUGAAAAUUCAAACGAGAACACGACGUAUCUGGCGAACGACACUUACAAAAUGAUCGAUUCGAUUUACAGCCUGACGCCGAAAAUGAUUUCUACCGGCUCUCAGGACGACACAGGUGCGAUAACAAACAUGGCUAGUUGGAAGAACGCGUUUGACAUCGUUUUACAGUACUCGGCUUCUUCUAAAGAAAUAAAUCUUGUCGAAGAAGAAAGUAUUGACGAUCAUUUAGAAAGUGAUCUUUUGUAAAACUAACGGAAGGGGCAGGAAUGAUCAUUACAAUAAACUUGGGUAUACUAUUACAAAAAAAGGA